GUUUGCCGGAGCUUCCUGGGGCGGUGUGUUCUCCCGCAGCGUUUUCCCGGAGCCGGAGCUGCCUACCAACAUGACUUCACAAAGACCUCAACGUACAAUGUCCCGAUCGGGGGAAAGUUUAUACAAAUCACUAGGAUUGGAGAAAGGAGCCACACCAGAGGAAAUCAAAAAGGCAUACAGAAAACUUGCAUUGAAAUAUCAUCCAGACAAGAACCCGGAUAAUCCUGAUGCAUCAGAAAAGUUCAAAGAAAUCAACAAUGCAAAUACUAUUUUGAACGAUGAAAACAAGAGGCGCAUCUAUGAUGAGUAUGGCUCAAUGGGACUCUACGUUGCUGAGCAAUUCGGAGAAGAGAGUGUGAAAUAUUACUUUUUGGUGAACAAAUGUUGGUUUAAGACACUUGUCGUUUGCUGUGGGAUUUUCAGUUGCUGCUGCUGCUGCUGUUGCUGCUGCUUCUGUUGUGGAAAAUGCAAACCAUCGGGAGAAAUGGAAGAAUAUGAUAUUAUAAAUCCUGAAGAUUUAGAAGCACAGAUUAGAGCAGAGCAAUGUCAAGGUGGUGGUGCUGGUAUGCAAACCACCAUCAUCCUUCAACCACAGUCGGGAGGUGCAGUAACAGGAUAAACCCAGCAAUCUUAAAACCAAAAACCUGGCUACAAUAGUGAUGGGUAAAAAAACGCAACCAGGGUUCUGAACAUUUAUUUCAAUUGAGCACAUUUGACCAGGGUUCUGAACAAUCAUUUUAAUUUAAUGCAUAUGUUAACUUGCAGAUUAUGCCAAUUUUUCUGAGGAGAUUUCAUCCAACAAAAUUGUGAAUGUGUUUUGUAAUGUACUGUACAGUCUUGCACUUGUGCGCAUGUAUCCGAAACACAGAAGAACCAAGACAGUCUUGUGGUAUCUAACCUAUUUUAAAUAAGUGGUUCACUUGGCUUCUUUUUAAAGUCCUGCAGAUUUCUUAUAGCAGGAUUUUAAAAGUGCAGCUAUAUCAAAAGUCUGUAUCAGGCUGAGAUUGUUGUACAUUUAUAGUGCAUUCCACUGAAACAAAUGCCAGAAAUUUAUAAGUGAUUAAAAACGCUAAGUAUUUUCAGUUUGCACUGAUUUUAGUCUUUCUGUUCAGUACACUAGCUGUUAAUGAAAUGCUGCUAAUUGAAAUUGUAUGUAUUUUUAGCCUGGAGUACACAUUUUGCUAUGUUUACCACCAAAACAAUCCCUGUUCUGUAUCAUGCUUGAAAUGGUGGCGGUGUCUGUCUUUUAAAGACUGCUGCAGGCUGGAAGAAAAAUCAUAAAGCUUUCCAAUUCAUUUGACUUGAAUUUUUGAUAUAAAGAACCCACAGUACUUAAAAUGAUUUAAUAUAAAGAGGAGUUUAAAUUGGUUGUCGAGUAGAAAUAUGCAGUACCAUUUUUGACAUUUGGACAGUUUUGAAAUAACUUUUAGAACUACAUAGAUCCUUUUAUUAAUUGAGCAAUAUCUUGCUUGAUGACCAGCACCUAGUUUCCAAAAGUUGCUGUUACUUGAAUGUUCCUUAUACAGUACUGCACUUUUAUUAGUGAUGUAAUUUUUGUGCCAAAAUAGGUUAUUCAUUUAAUUGACUGCGCAAGUACAUUUAAGUAACUGUGGGUAUACUCUAAUCUUUAUAAUUUAGACUGAUGGGCCAGCUAUAUUUGGUUUUUGUUGAGUUGCAGCUACAGUGUAUUGUAAAAUUGACACUUAACAGCUCUUAAAAAUAUAAAAUGGAUCAUAACAGCACAAGUUCAAUGAUUAACCAAUUCUUGAGAUUCAAACAUGUACCAUAUUUGUUGCAAGUCCAGUGCAGUUAACUUUAAUUUGUUGCUAUAUUUAAAUAACGGUUUACAAAAAUUGCUAUUAUAAUACUUCUAUUUUUUUCCUUUCCUCAUUCAAUUUCCUAACUAAAUUGGAUUAGGAAACACUGGGAUUCUUUUUUCUUUUCUGACAAAGAGUAAUGAAUCAGCCAUGACAAAUGUUUGCUGACUUUCUGUUAACUGUUUACCAUUACAAUUCCAAAUAAGAUAAAUUUUAAAAAAUCGACAAGUUUUUUUUUCCCAGAAUGAAUUGAAAAGAAGCCAAAUUUAUAGGAUUUGUGUAAUUUGCUUUUAAUAUCUGACACCAUUGCAUUCAUUUGCCCCAGACAAAUGAUGAACAUGAUUUUUGCCAAGGAUUGUGGCAUCUGAGCAAAGGAAAUUCAGGAAUACAUUUAUUGCUAACUUUUGUAGUGUGGCAGGAUUUGAUGCUUUUUUUGUGACAGUCACCAUGUGCUCAGACUUUAACAUUUUCUACCAAAUUGUGUACUCUUAGUCGAUAGUUAGUAUAGCAUGAAAAUAAUAUUGGACUUUACAGAUUAACUAGAAACUGAACAAAGUCGGAAUCUACUUCACUUAUAUGAUGUGCAAUGAUGGCUAUAUUGAGUCUUAAAAUCAAGACUGUAUUCUCUCAGAUGGAGUAAAGGGCUACUUCUGGGCUGCCUCCGAAAUAAAUUCUUCAGGGACAUUGCUCUCCCUUUUGAUUUCAAAUGAUACUUUUAUCUAAUUAACCCAACAAAAUCCUGUUAAUUGGUGUGCAGUGAUGCUUUGCAGUCCAUUUGAUUAAAAAAGGCAAUCUGUACAAAGUUGAGUCUUAUUAAUUGUGGGUUUCUUUGUUAGAUACACUGUAGCUGUAGAUCAAUGAAUGUAACUAAAUUGGAUAUGCUAACUAAAAUUGUUCUUCAGGAAUCUUGGAAGUAUAUUUAAUCGAACACAAAAAAAUCAUUGAGAAAUGGCCUGGAAUUGGCCACUAUUUUUUAUUAGUCUAUGUAAUUGUAAAUACAGGAACAAGACUACCCUAUGUUCAUUGAUGCUGUACUAUACUUAUUACUAAUCUUUAAGAUAUUCAUUUAAGAUUGUGUAUAUAGCAAUUUUGUUAUCAAAGUUUUCAUAGUUUGGUGUUUAUGAAUUACAUGUUUACAACUGAUGGUACAGCAUCAUUUGUGGUAAAUAAAAGCAGAAAAAUUGAAGGUC